GGGCCGGAACCUCACCGUAAUCUUAAUACAUGUUUUUAUUAACCCAGCAUCUACUGACAUUAAUUCCCAUCUAACACAUACAAGGAAAAGGAGUUGGUUCAAUGUUUUCACAGCUGCUGCCUCGAGGAAGAAGCUGAGCUGCGGCCGUGCUUCACGAAUGGAGCAAUGAGCGGCUCUUCUCCCCUCUGCCUGCAUGGUGUGUUGGAACAGCAGCUGCUUCUCUCAGUGCAGGAGUUAAAGUGCCCUCCCACAGACAUGGCCGACGAGGACCUGAUCUUCCGUAUGGAAGGGAUUGAUAAUGCUAGAUUGACUGACGUGACCUCUGGAAAUUAUCUGGAUGCAGACAGUGAUGAUGAAGACAACUACUAUAUCUGCCCAAUAACUGAUGAUCCAGUUUCUAACAAGUCUGCCAGUAGUAAAGUUGACAAUUAUUACAGCAGCUUAGCCAAAACCGAGCAGUACAGUUCCAGCUCUUCUCCUAGAAACUCCUUUAGCUACAAGAAUGACACACAGCAUCGCUCUAAGCACGGCUCUGUGGUUGACCGUAGUCGGGAAACCUGGAAACAUGCUAUUGAAAAAGCAAAGCACAUGCCUGAUCCUUGGGCAGAAUUUCAUCUUGAGGACAUCGAGACAGAACACGCCACUCGCUACAGGUACAAUGCAGUUACUGGAGACUGGGUUGAAGAUGAAGUUCUCAUCAAGAUGGCUUCACAACCCUUUGGCCGUGGAGCAAUGCGAGAAUGUUUCAGAACGAAAAAGCUAUCCAACUUCUUACACAAUCAGAACUGGAAAGCUGCCUAUAACUAUGUUGCCAAGCGGUACAUAGAGAGUGUAGGCAGGGAGGUGUAUUUUGAGGAUGUCCGACUUCAGAUGGAAGCAAAACUGUGGGGAGAAGAGUACAACCGGCACAAACCACCCAAACAGGUGGAUAUAGUACAGACCUGUAUUAUUGAAAUGAAGAACAGACCUGGAAAGCCUCUCUUUCAUCUGGAACAUUACAUAGAGGGCAAAUACAUCAAAUACAACUCAAAUUCUGGAUUUGUGCGAGAUGACAACAUUCGUCUUACUCCGCAAGCCUUCAGCCACUUCACAUUUGAGCGCUCAGGACAUCAACUCAUCAUUGUUGAUAUCCAGGGAGUUGGAGAUCUUUACACAGACCCUCAAAUCCAUACAGAGAGUGGUACAGAUUUUGGAGAUGGCAACCUAGGUGUUCGAGGUAUGGCCUUGUUCUUUCAUUCUCAUUCAUGUAACAAGAUCUGCAAAAGCAUGGGCCUUGCACCGUUUGACCUUUCAUCCAAAGAAAAAGAUGCCUUGGAUCAUAGUAACAAAUUGCUGGAAUCGGCUCAGACAAUUCUGCGUGGCACAGAGGAGAAGUGUGGCAGCAGCCGGGUGAGAACCAUCUCUGGCAGUCGGCCUCCCCUGCUGUCCCGCCUGUCUGAAAACUCUGGAGAUGAAAGCAUGAGCGAUGUGGCAUUUGACUCCCUGCCCUGCUCUCCUUCUUCUGUAACCCCCCACAGCCAGAAGAUGGACGUGCUUCAUUGGCCUGUGUUCAAUGAAGUAGAUAAUUUAGUUCACAAAGACUGUGACCACCUUGAUAACCAAAGGGACUUUGAAAAUGGUGGAGACAGUGGAUAUCCCAGUGAGAAGAGAAGUGAGCUAGAAGAUCUGGAUCAUAGAGACAAGGGCCAUUCAAACAACAACCGAAGACAUGAAUCUGAUGAAGACAGUUUGGGAAGCUCUGCAAGGAUAAGUGUGGAGAAGUGGAAUCUCUACAAUUCCUCCAGAGUCCACAUCCACAGACCAUCCUGCGUUGCUCAAGAAAUUCAGAGGCUCAAUGCACUAGAACUUGAAAAGAAAAUUGGAAAGUCAAUCCUUGGGAAGGUUCAUCUGGCCAUGGUUCGUUACCAUGAGGCUGGGCGUUUCUGUGAGAAGGACCAGGAGUGGGAUCGUGAGUCGGCUCUGUUCCACCUGGAGCACGCUGCAGACUGCGGGGAGCUGGAAGCCAUUGUUGGGUUGGGACUCAUGUGCUCUCAGCUGCCACAUCACAUUCUUUCUGAGGUCACCUUAGAGGACACAAAGGAGAACAGAAAAAAAGGAUUUGAUUAUUUGCUGAGAGCAGCAGAAGCUGGAGACCGACCUUCCAUGAUUCUGGUAGCAAGAGCAUACGAUACAGGUGUCAAUCUAGGUUCAGACAGAGCACAGGAUUGGAAGGAGGCUCUGUACUGGUACAACGCUGCCCUGAACAUGACUGACUAUGAUGAGGGAGGUGAAUAUGAUGGCACUCAGGAUGAGCCCCGGUAUCUGCUCCUGGCCAGGGAAGCAGAGAUGCUAAUGACAGGAGGGUUCCACCUGGACAAGGACCCACAGAGAUCAGGUGAUCUCUACACAGAAGCAGCAGAAGCAGCAAUGGAAGCAAUGAAGGGCAGACUGGCAAAUCAGUACUACCAGAAAGCAGAAGAGGCCUGGGCGAUGAUGGAAGAAUGACAUUUCAAUGAAGCAGUUCUUGUAUAUAAACUUUUUUUAAAGAAUUACUACGUUUGCAGCUAAAAAGAUAUAUUUUUGUGGCGUUAGCGGUUUUUUGUACUUUUAGUUUUCUAACUUCUUUUGAAGAUGAAAAUACAAAUGCAGCUGGGAUGUAGGUCACUAUAGUGUAUUUCUGUCAAGUGUUUUCAAGCUGUAGUACAGACACUCUUGACCUUUUAUAUAGACAUAUAUUUUAACUCUUAGAACAGAUGAGGCUGAUUUUUUUUUUUAUGUUUAUUUUUCACUUUUUUUUGGAUGAAGAGCGAACCCAAUGACUGCUUGGGUUUCACAUGUUCUGCUUUAUAUGCAGCAGCUGAUCAGUGUGUUUACAUUUUUCUUCUCCCCCCACACACAGAAUAAAUAAACUUCCCUACAUUCACAGCAUUUCUUCAUUGUUGGCGUAUCUCACCAAACUUGCAUGUGAAUGUAAAUGUGCAAUAUAAGCAUGUGAAGCAUGCAGCUCCUCUUUUUAACAAGUCCCAUUCUUUCAGUGGGCACUGGCUUAUUUUCAGAUUAAUUCUAGAUAGAAUCCUUGGAGUUUGGAGAGGUGGAGGAAAAAAGAUUUCAGAAUAACAGUGAGGUUAUUCAGGGCGGAAUGUUGUUGCCAGCAUUGCAUAUUUUACUAUCAGAAGAACACCAAUGAUCCUAAGGAGGUGAGGCAUCCAGCUACCGCUCUCAUUUUCACACUUUGUACAAUAUAACAACCUCACUGUGUAGGAUUCUGCUGAUCUCAUGUAGUACUUACCCAGUGAUUUCCAGUCUGUACUGUAUUUUACAGAGACAUCUCAGUUCUUGGCAAAGCAAGGACAUCUCGCUGAAAAUGAGAAUACACUUUCCAGCAUUUCCAGAGGGAUAUUUGUAAAACGUAGGCAAUGUUGAUUUACCUAUGGCUAUGUAUGGAAAAUAAUUUAUCUGGUUUAAAUGGCUUUGUGUGUUUUAUCUGCUCUCUUAUGGUUCACAUAGUAACUUCACAUGAUGCUUUGAUAGAUUUGAGCUGAAUGAUGAAGGAUAGAUGCACAUAUAUAUGUAAAUUUCCAGAUUAUGUUGGGUAAUUUAUUAAAUACUACCAUACGGUACAGAGCUUAUUUUCCAUGGUAUUAACACCAGGGAGUUUUCAUCUGAAUUUAACAUCAUCUCCUGUAGUUUACAAUUGAGCUUUCUAAAAGGUUCUUCAGAAGAGACUGAGAAUGGUUUAAUGGUAUUAAUUGUCAGUUACAGAAAAUUGCUGAUAAGGAGGAAACACUAUAAUCCCCAAACACUUGAAUUCCUGUAUCUUGUCUGCAUAAUCUUAAGCCAUACAUGGCGGUGGCCUUUUUGCUCUCCAUAUUGUUUAAUUAUUACUUGGUGAUGAAAGGCAAAUGUACCAUUCACCUCUGAAGGUGGUUGAACAGUGAGUGUUUUGUGCUGAACUUACAGUGUAGGCAUUCUAAUGAAUGGAGAUAAAAGGUUUUGUUUUCCCUGUAAGGUGUUGGUGCCAAGAGUUUGAGGUUUUCCUUGAGAAGGAAGCAAACGUGCAACAACCCCACCAGCCAUGUAGGGAGGAGAGGAGAUUGAAUGCAACCGUCCAAAAUGUGUAAGUAAAGGAGUAGAGUGUAAUUACUGACACUUCUUGAUGUAGAUUCAUUUGCUACAUUCAGUAAUUACUGACAGCUCUCCAUAGAUCUGAUAUGUCAAUGUCCAUCCACAUAGCUCAGUGAAAAAAAUACCAUGAUCAGUAAUUUGUUUGCCAAUACUUUUUAAUGCUGUAGACUACCCUGAGCCCUCGGGUGGUAUCCUGUUAGUGAGCUGUACAGUGAGGAGGGCUGAGAGCAGUUUGAAAAUCAUUUACAGAAAUAUGCACAAUUUGUUUUGUGAUGUUCGUUUGAAGAUAAAGAGAACUGCAUUGCCAGGCUGUUGGAAUGAUGCUCUGUGCUGUGUUUUUAAUCUAUUCACAAUGAAUAAAGAAAAAUCUGUAUUUUUAAAAAA